AUGGAUCCCUCCCUGGAAGCCACCGUCCGCCAGGACCGCUUCAAAUCGCUCUCCAGUGAACAGGUCGUCCAGCUCGUGCAUCGCCAGUUUGAGCCGGAAAUCACCAGGCUGAAACGUGUCAAACAGAACAUCGAGGGCGGCGACGCCCUUCCACUGGGUGCCUUGAUCCGGGUGGGCGUGCCGGGGAAAUCAGAUCGCACAGACCUCACGCCGUCCCAAUACCUCUUCGAUCAGGACUUUUCCGAGGUCAAUCGAACCAUCACUAAUGUCCUCGCCCUGAAAUGGCUUCUGGCCGAUGACUACGAUACCUUCAUCCUCCAUCAGCCCAAGCCUGUCAAAUUGUCCCGCGAUACCUUUCAGGAAUUUUGCGUCCUGGCAACACAGAUCCUAGAGACACCAGAACACCUCCUGGCCUUGAUUGUGUCCCUGGUCCUAGGGGACGUGGGCAAAGAUCCGAGCCUGGUAAUGGAGGUGAAGGAGAAAGAAGGGAAAGAACGGGACGAGGAAAUGAACCAUGACACAGUACUCGAGCGAGCAAUUGAAUUGAAGCUCAUCGGGUCGUCCUUGCAGUUGUUGUCGCCCUCUUUGCAGGAUGAUGUGAAGCGAGGGGUGAAGCUUGGGGCAAAGCUUAAUAUCCCGCAAUUAACCCAAGGUGAGAAUGUCCCGGGGAGUCUGCAGGGCCUUCGGGACCUGGAGGGGCAUAGCAGGGCAUUUAAUUUGAAGUACCUUGAAAUCAUGUUCGAUGUGGCAGGGGCAGGGGCUCAUGUCGACGCCCGUGGUGCAAUCCGCAUGAUUGAGCCGGUCUGUCAAUCGUUUCUAUUGGCCUACGAUAUCCUCCAGCGCGUCAUAAGAAAACAGAUUACUCUCCAGGAAGCUUACAAUGAAGUCUUGAAAAAUCGCGGCGGUAUUCUAACCAGGCAGGGCUUCAGAGAACUCUCCACAGACAACCCGACUGAUCGGGCCUUCCUUCGCCUGUGUGCAAUGGGUAGGGUAGCAGACGAGGACAUGGCUGAGCGAUUCAAUGACGCCUUUUUCGGGCUUCCACGCACCACGCGAGAAGAACUUGUCAAUGAGCUAAACAUCAGUGGCUUGGAUGGCCAACCAGCUGUAAUUCUCUAUUACAUGCCCGCACUAUUUGCGGAACUGCUUAGGAUUACUCGGGACACGUCGAGACUAGAGCAAGUGGAAGCGCUGAAGUCGCUGAUGGCUUUUAUGACCCACGCAUACCAUGAUUCAAAGCCUCAUGCAGGCAACAAGAACCCCAUCAUUGAAUGCGACGUGUCCCCAGCCAGGGGCUUCAUGCAGACGCCGGAUUUUCGGAAUGAUCCUCACUCUCUGGAAGAAUACGUUCUGCCGCAGACGGCCUCUUGA